AUGGUGAAGGAAACGAAGCUAUAUGAUUUGCUCGGUGUGAAGCCUGACGCAUCUGAUUCCGAGCUGAAAAAGGCCUAUCGUAAGAAGGCUUUGGCGCUUCACCCUGACAAGGGUGGUGACCCGGAGCUUUUCAAAGAGGUCACCUCUGCAUAUGAGGCGCUCUCUGACCCGGACAAGCGUGAGAUGUACGACCGUUUCGGCAUGGAAGGUCUGAGCGAAGGUGGUAUGGGUGGUGGUAUGGACCCCCAGGACCUGUUCUCACAGUUGUUUGGCGGUGGUGGCGGCUUCUUUGGCGGUGGUGGCCGUCCUCGUGGCCCGCGGAAGGGCAAGGACCUCGUGCACCGUGUCAAGGUUACCCUGGAAGACCUGUACAAGGGCAAGUUGACGAAGCUGGCUCUUCAAAAGCAUGUUCUUUGUAAGAAGUGCGAUGGUCGUGGUGGUAAGGAAGGCUCUGUGAAGACCUGCAAUUCCUGCCAUGGUCAAGGUAUUAAGAUUGUAAUGCGUCAAGUGGGUCCGAUGAUCCAGCAGAUGCAGCAGACCUGCCCAGACUGCCAGGGUGCUGGCGAGCAGAUUGAUGCCAAGGAUCGCUGCACGGCAUGCCACGGCAAGAAAGUGACACAGGAACGUAAGGUCCUCGAGGUCCGUAUCGACAAGGGUAUGGAAGAUGGCCAGCAGAUUACGUUCAAGGAGGAGGCUGACCAGGCGCCGAACACCGUGCCUGGUGAUGUGAUUAUUGUGGUGGACGAGCAGCCCCACCCGCGCUUCAAGCGCAAGAAGAACGACCUCUUCGUGAGUGUGGAAGUGGAUCUCUUGACGGCGUUGGCGGGUGGUCGUGUGAAUAUUGAACAUCUGGAUGACCACGCACUUUCCGUGGAGAUCCCGGCGGGUGAGAUUGUACGUCCUGGCGAUAUGAAAGUGCUUCGUGGCCAGGGUAUGCCGUCGUACCGCCACCAUGAGAUGGGUGACCUGUACGUUAACUUGAGUGUGAAGUUCCCCGACUCGCUGAGCGAGGAGCAGAUGGGUCUCCUUGAAAAGGCGCUGCCGCCCCGUAUGCCCCAGGCCUCGCUGCCGAAGAAUGUGGAUGUUGAGGAUGUGGUGAUGGACAACAUUGACGAACACGAGGCUCACCGCGCACGCACUGGCCCAUCUGGCUCUCAUGAUAUGGAUGAAGAUGACCCAGCUGGUGGUCCGCAGGUGCAAUGUGCGCAGGGCUAA